GGAGCGCGAGCCGCGGUUCGUGGAACGGCGCUUGUGUUUUGGUUUGUGUUAGUGAACAGAGUUAGCUCGGGAACAAUUAACGGCCGAAACGCACCUACACUGUAGUGUACUUUUACAUCGUUACGGUUUUCUGACAUUGUAUGUUAUGGCGUAUGUCUGAAAAAUGAUGAAAAUGUGAAUCUUUGUGGUAUUGAAAAGAACGGUAUUUAUCGAGUCUAUAGUAAAAGGCGUUAGCUUGUUGUCAACUAGCUAGCGCGGCUGUGUCCUAAAUAGUAUCCCUACCCAGAUAAAGUGCACUAGGUAGGCUGUUAUUGUGGUUUCGCUUAAAGUGCACCUAUAUAGUGAGUUCACAGAGAUUUGGGAUUCGGCCUGAAGGCUCACCCAUGCCCUCCGAAGAGGCUUUCUGGAGCUCAGAUAUACUGGACUGGCUUUUCUCACACUCCGGCUGGUCAUUUCUUCCCUUCAUUAUGAUGAUGAUUUUAAUUCUCGCUGCCUUUAUGGUCGCCUUUGUCCUGUUUCUCUACAUGAUCUCGCCUUUAAUAAGCCCCAAACCGCUGAAGCUCAACGGGGCCCAUGUCGUGGUGACCGGGGGCAGCAGUGGGAUCGGGAAGUGUAUAGCCAUGGAGUGCUACAAACAAGGAGCCUUCAUCACUCUGGUGGCACGUGACGAGGGUAAACUGGUGCAGGCGAAGAAGGAGGUGGAGAAGUGUGCAGUAAACGAUAAACAGGUGGUGCUCUGCAUUUCAGUGGACGUGUCCAAGGAUUACAGCCAGGUGGAGAGCGUGCUCAAACAGGCUCAGGAGAAGCUGGGGCCAGUGGACAUGCUGGUGAACUGUGCAGGGACGUCCGUGUCGGGGAAGUUCGAGGAGCUCGGCGUCCAACACUUUCAGAGUCUGAUGGAGGUGAACUACCUGGGCAGUGUUUACGCCACGCGGGCGGUCAUCAGUAACAUGAAGGAGCGGCGGAUGGGUCGCGUGGUGUUUGUGUGUUCUCAGGCCGGCCAGCUCGGACUGUUCGGAUACACGGCGUACUCCGCCUCCAAAUUUGCCCUGCGCGGCCUCGCCGAAGCUCUGCAGAUGGAGGUGAAGCCGUACAACAUUUACGUGACGGUGUCCUACCCCCCCGACACGGACACGCCCUCUUUAGCCAUGGAGAACAAGAUGAAGCCUUUAGAGACGAAGCUGAUCUCGGAGACGUCUGGAGUGUAUCAGCCGGAGCAGGUGGCUAAGGUCAUCGUUAAAGAUUCUGUGCAGGGGAACUUCAGCAGCUCCGUGGGUCCUGACGGCUACAUGCUGUCCGCGCUGACCUGCGGCAUGUCCCCCGUCACGUCCAUCACCGAGGGGCUGCAGCAGAUCGUGACCAUGGGGCUAUUCCGCACCAUUGCACUCUUCUACCUGAGCAGCUUCGACAGCAUCGUGCGCCGCUGCAUGAUCCAGAGGGAGCAGAACAAAGCAUCCGACAAGACGGAGUAACACCCACACUGCCUACCCUCUCUCACACCCACACACACACACACACACAGGAUGGGAAGGACGUAGCUACUCUGUGUGUGUGUGUGUGUACACGUGUUAGAUCUUUCCACACCCCACCUUGUUACCCAUUCAUCUGGAUUUUGUCCCGGUCAGUGUGGGCGGAGUUUAAGCUACAUUUGAUCAGCAUUCCGUUCUUCCUUUUUACCUAGCGGUUAACUCUCCAGCUUUCAUACGUUAAAAAGCUAACUCUAGCUCAAGUACAACUAGUUAGCAGGCUAAUACCAUGUUCAGGUAGGUUUUUUUAGUGAUUUAGCUAGCAAUUAAAUCUUGGCUCCUAGAGCGUUUUAUAUAGUAUAUAAUUAGCUAAGCACUAAGCUAGCAUUAGCUUGCUAGAGUUUACAGUCUGAUGUUAAACAGCUCACUAACAAACUAGCUAGCUACCUCGACAUAAGGGGUUAAAACACGUAAGUAGGUUUGCUAGUGAGUGAUGUAGCAUCGUCUGUGCACUUCUUCAGCAAGCUAACAUUAGGCUUCUGUAUCGCGAACAAACGUCAGUGAUUUAGCGAUAAGAUUUCGUAUUAGAACACUAACUUCUGGGUCACAUGAUCAGUUAACUUUAGCUCCGCCCUCAUUGAACCCUGUAGUCAUUUUAUCUUGCGAUCUUCGUGAGUGGAUUAUCUUUGCAGGCGAAGAUAAGCGCUCGUUGUUCCUCCCUCCGACUCACUUUCCUCAUCGUUGUAUUCUCUUUGUAAAGAAAAAAGAACUUCCUGAACUGCGUCCGCCAUUUUGCCUUACCCUCGAUUCUGUGUGCGGGUCCUGUGACGUACGUGAGACUCGCCGGUUCGAGUAUCAGAUUCUUAGUUAACAGGAAGAGCUAGCAUGUUUAGCCCUGACCUGGAAGAGGAAUAAAAAAAUGAAGGAACACGUAUUUAGUUUUAGCUGCCGAAGCGCCAGGACGGCAUGUGCUGAACCUGCGCAAGCUGAGAGACUCCCAGCAUUCCGCUCUUUAGAACGUACCCUUGUUCGACGCUGAAGUGACUUCCUGUGAGAAUAUCUUUCCGUUUACGUUGCCAUGCCGACAUCUACCAUUAGCACUUGCUGACUUUCUCUCUAGUGUGUAGCAGGAACACACUCGAAGGCAUACUGACUUCCAACCGGCUAGCACGCUAAAUGACCGCCUUGCUAACUAUUUAGCAUGCUAAAAACAUUUUAGGAGCAAAUUCAACACUAAAGCACUUUCCCUGGAGAUCGACGCUCAGUUUCUGCUAGCGUGAAUCUCUGAGGAACAGCCGGAUUAUACCUGCUUGCUAACCUAGUCAGACCAACUUUGAACAGCGACGUCGCAGCGGUUCCGUGGCACGGUUCAGCGCUAGCGUUAUUAGCUACUGUUUAAGUGAUUCAGCCACGCAGGAGCCAUUUUAAAGCCUUAAGAAAUGAUUGGUGGUUUAGCGUAGUUUCCUUGCGAUAUCCCGUUUAUUCAAUGUGUUUCUGAAAUUUUUGUUUAUUGCAAUUCGAGGCGCCUUAAGUAUGAAAGUGAGGACGCAUGAGUCGCAGCGAUGAUGUUCUCAUUUGACACCGCCUGGAGGCUCAGUUAAAGUUAAUUAGCGCUCACGCUCAUGAGAAGCUAACGCAAGUAUUCUGAUCCCUUAUUCCGAAUUUCAGCAGACUCCGUCGUGCACAGUUCUGAGUAUUUCAGCGUCACCAGACUACACGCUAGCGUAAAGAAGGCCGCACUCUAGCGGCUAGCGCCUACUUCACAAGCAACGAUCCUCCUCUUCCAUCUUUAAAGCUAUGCAAACGCAGCAUGUGUCCGGUUUCGAAAACCGCCUCCACCUUCAUGCUAGACUCCGCUCUUUUCUGCUUGUUUGAUGUUGGUUUCGAUGUUCAGUUGAAAUAAUUCCCGUCAUAUAAGUAACGUAAAACCAGCUAGGACACGUUCCACUCGUCUUUCCGUUUCUUUGACGAUCCUGUAACAGGAAAUGAAGAAUCACCUUGUGUGCCAUUAAAAAAAAUGUUGUUGCAUUGUGUUAAUUUCUUACAUGAUCAAAUAAAACUGUUUUGGAGAGUUGGUA